AUGCCCAAUGUCUUCCAGAAUAUAUUGUCCAGUAUUCGUGUUUAUCGAGAGAUUAAAAUGCUUCUUUUCUUCAAACAUGAAAAUGUCCUUUCGGCAUUAGAUAUACUUCAACCUCCUCAUAUCGAUUUCUUCCAAGAGGUUUAUGUGAUCACUGAAUUGAUGCAAAGUGAUUUACAUAAAAUUAUCGUCUCUUCCCAACCUCUUACCUCCGACCAUGUCAAAGUGUUCCUUUACCAGAUACUCCGGGGUCUCAGGUACCUCCACUCUGCCAAUAUACUUCAUCGGGAUAUUAAACCUGGCAAUCUUCUGGUCAACAGUAACUGUUUGCUCAAAAUUUGUGAUUUUGGUUUAGCUCGGGUCAAUGAGACCGAUGCCUCUAAACGUAUGACCCAAGAAGUGGUCACCCAAUAUUAUCGAGCACCCGAAUUAUUAACAGGAGCUAAUCAUUAUACCUUUGGUAUUGACAUUUGGUCGGUUGGCUGUAUUUUCGCCGAAUUAUUAGGAAGACGGAUUCUUUUCCAAGCCAAGACUCCCCUUCAACAACUUGAUCUAAUUACUGGUCUUUUGGGUACACCAACCUGUGAAGAUAUGAGAUAUGCUUGUGAUGGUGCCAUAAAGUAUAUUCAAGGUCGACCUUAUAAAGCACCUUCGCUCAGUGCAUUAUACACUCUCUCGCCCCAGGCAACCCAUGAAGCUGUUCAUCUUCUCAGUCAAAUGUUGGUUUUUAAUCCAGAUAAAAGGAUUUCUUGUACAAAUGCACUUUCUCACCCUUAUCUGGACGAGGGUCGAUUACGUUAUCACUCUUGUAUGUGCCGAUGUUGUCAUACCAUUGGAGGUGUGCGUCGUUAUGCAUCUGAUCUCGAACCUUUAGCUUGUGCCGUAUUCGAUGAUGGCUUUGAGAGAGGUCUUCAUUCUGUCCACCAGGUCAAGGAGAAAUUGCACAAAACGAUACUAGAAAAAUGCGGAAGUUACAAUCGAGUACCGCUUUGUAUUAAUCCAAAUUCAGCAGCUUUUAAAAACUUUGCCAGUUCCACUGUGGCUCAUCCAUCAGAACUGCCACCAUCUCCCCAUCAAUGGGAAUGUUCAUAG